GACAGUGUUAUCAACUCACAGCUCCAGGGUUCGAUCCUGAGCUCAGGUAAAGAUCCGGUCUGUCUCAUCUGGGUUCUCCAGGUUCCUCCCAAAAACAUGUCAAUAGGUGGACUAGUAACUCUUGAACAUUAUUAUUAGAUUACUUAUGGCUAGACCAGGUUAUGGCUUUGGACCUCCAGGACCUGAGUCUGAUGCUCGGAGGCUCCCAGUCUAUGUGCUGAGCAGAAAUCUCUUAAUUUUUUUUUUUUUUUUUUUUAAAUUCAGUCACUGAAGUUAAAUAUCUAAAUAGCGGUAAGUUUACGGUAAGUUCUGUGUCGUGUGUGUUGUGAGGAGGAUCUACUCGGGGUUUUACGGUACCUGUGGGCUCCUCUGCCCCCCCACGCGCACUGCCACAUAAUUGACAUGGCGGAAUCCCGCAGUCGGUCCACUGUGGACGGAGCCGCUCGGGGAUGACUAUUAAUUCAGUUUCAGUCACAGAGGACUUACACGUGGAUUAGCGAGACAUUUGCUGAAGUUAAACCGCUGCGCAGGGGAAGGCUCCAUGAAUGUACGUCACCAUGAUGAUGACGGACCAGAUGCUGGAGCUCCCGCCGCUGCUGAACGGCGAGGUUCCCAUGAUGCACCACAUGAUUAACGGAGACGCCUCGCAGCAGGUGAUCCUGGUCCAGGUGAACCCCGGAGAGACCUUCACCAUCCGCAGAGAGGACGGGACGCUGCAGUGUAUCCAAGGUCCCGCUGAAGUUCCCAUGAUGUCACCGAACGGCUCCAUCCCACCCAUUCACGUGCCCCCAGGAUACAUCUCCCAGGUUCUGGAGGACAACACAGGGGUCCGGCGGGUCGUGGUCACCCCUCACUCUGAAUGUUACCCCCCCAGUUACUCUCCCGCUCUCUCACCAACCCACCACCUGCCCCCACCGUAUAUGACACACCCCCACUUCAUCCCCGCCUCUCACACGGCAUACUACCCCCCCACCAGCCCCGGAGACGUCCCCCCGCACCAGUACUACCAACACCGCCUGCCCCCCAUCUACCCAGAGGAGAUCUUUCCGCUGUACAACAUGUCGACGAUCCUCAGCCGGGAGGAGUACUGCAAACCGCAGCCCAAAAAGCCCAAGGAGCGCGCCACCGAACGUCCCAGCCUGUCCCGAGUCAGCACCCCGCCAUCGUCCAGCUACAAGAGCAGCCCGGCCUGCAGCGCCACGCCCAAUGGCUACAGCAAGAGCCACGGCACUGCAGCCUCGGGAGGAGGAGGAGGGGGAGGAGGAAGUCCUGGGAAUAAGCGAGCAGAGAGGAGGUCCAGAGGAAGUCCGAAACACUCGGACAGUGACCAGCAAGAUCCUGAGCUGGAGGCAAGAAGAGACCAGGAUGUACCAUCAGGAAUGGACAAGCCACAGGUGUUGAAGAUCCAGGCUCGCUCAGCGUUGGUGUCGUGGACUCGAGCUCCUGCAGGUCGAGCUCAGUCUGAUGGAGCGUCAGUGUCCUGCAGUUACGAGCUGCUCCUCGCUGAUAAAGGCUGUGACGGCAAAUACAGAGUCGUGUACAGUGGUGAAGAGCUGCAGUACACACUCACUGACCUGAGACCAGCGACAGAUUACCAUGUGAGAGUGAGUGCAGUGUGUAACUCUAUAAAAGGUCCCCAUUCGGAGGCGAGGACUUUCACCACCCACAGCGCCCCUCCGGAGACCCCUCUGCCCCCCCGACUGUCUCACCGCACCAAGAGCUCUCUGACUCUGCAGUGGAAGCCUCCUGUAGAUAACGGCUCUAAAAUCAUCAGCUACGUCCUGGAGUGGGAUGAGGGGAAGAAGAACAGUGUGUUCAGAGAGUGUUAUUUCGGACACCAGCGGCAUUUUAAAGUCAUGAGACUGUGUCCUGCUGUCGGCUACACGUUCCGCGUGGCAGCACUCAACGACAUCGGAUCCAGUGGUUUUAGCCCUGAGGUGGUUUUCCACACCACAGGAAGUCUGCCUCAGAUGCCUUUAGCACCGCGUCUGCUGCAGACUGGAGCAUCCUGGGUGGGGCUGGAGUGGAGCCGCCCGAGCAGCUAUGGCCCGGACGAGGUGCUCACGUACACACUCGAAAUGCAGGACGAGACCAAGGGGGCGGAGUUUCAGGCAGUGUACACCGGUGUGGAUCUGAGCAGCAGGGUGGAGGGACUGAGCAGAAACACACAAUACAGGUUCAGGCUGACGAUCUGCAGUGCGGAGUGGAGAAGUUCUCCCAGCUCCAUCCUGGUGUGUCGGACGAGUGUGGAGAAACCCGGCCCCCCCGCGGCCCCCAGAGUCAGCACCGUCACCUCACACGGCUUCUGCGUGUCAUGGGAUCCACCACAUGAUGACGGAGGCGGCGGAGAUCUCUCGUACCUGCUGGAAAUGUCUGAAGAGAAUUCAGGAGCGGAGAAUCAGUGGGUGGUUGUGUAUUGCGGGCCGCAGCGAGAACACGUGUGUACGGACCUGAAAGCGGCGACUCGGUACUCGCUCCGCAUCAGCACGGACAGCGCGGGGGGUCACAGCCAGGUCACAGACAGUCUGGUGGUCUGCACUCUCAGUCUGCCCCCAGGUCCCUGUCACACCCUCGCUGUACAGGGCAGUGUCAAACACAGAGAAGUCAGCUUACAGUGGGAUGCUCCUGUGUGUGUUGUGGAGGAUGAAGCUCUGCUCUACAGUGUGGAGAUGGCCACCUCGGAGGACGAUGCGCAGGUCACUGAGGUGUUUAAUGGCUCACACACAGAGUGCAUUGUGGGUAAUCUGCUGCCUGGUGCCACCUACAGGUUCAGACUGCGAGCUGCCAACGAGGCCGGGUUUGGGCCGUACACCAAGUUCCUGGAGGUGACGACUGCAGCGGGACCCCCGGGCCAGUGUGGGGCGCCGGUAAUCUCUCUGACCUCACACUCCUGUGCAGUGGUCAGCUGGGUGACGGACGACAGCUCAGGUGCGGACAUCUCGGGCUACCGGCUGGACUGGGGACGCGAUGAGGACUCUCUGGACCUGGUUUACAGCGGCACAGAAACUUCCUGCGAAAUCUCCGAGCUGGAGGCUGCAGUGAGCUACUGCUGUAGGAUACAGGCCACAAACCAGGCAGGGGCGGGGCCUUACAGUGAGCUGGCGUGGUGUCGUACACCGGCCGCCACCCCCAGCGCCGUCAGCAGUCUGUACAUACAGGACGGGUUCUCCUUACCCCUGGACUUAGAGCCGUUCUGUCCUUCCACUUGCCUGGCGCUGGUGUGGGACGAGCCAAACUGCAAUGGCCAGGAGAUCAGCGGCUACACCCUCGCUCUUGGGGAGGAGCUAAUCACUGUGGGUGGGGCUACCUGCACCGUCAUCAGGAACCUGCAGCCUGAUACAGAGUACAGUGUGCAGGUGAGGGCGGAGAAUGCAGUGGGUGCAGGUCCGUUUGGGCCGAGUCUCCUGGUCAGAACCAGGCCGCUGCCCCCGAAUCCCCCGAGACUGGAGUGUGGCAGCGCUGGACCUCAGAGUCUGAAACUGCGCUGGGGAGACAGCAGCAAGAGUCUAAACACCGACACGGACACCACAUACAUCCUGCAGAUGGAGGACAGGAACCAGAGGUUCGUUCCGAUCUAUCGAGGUCCGAGUCACACGUUUAAGGUUCAGCGUCUGAGUGAAUUGAGCCGCUACAGUUUCAGGAUCCAGGCCGUGAGCGAUGCAGGAGAUGGUCCUUUCUCUGAGAUCUACUCCUUCACCACGACCAAAUCUGUGCCUCCUACACUGAAAGCUCCCCGAGUCUCUCAGCUGGAGGGAAAUGCGUGUGAGGUGAACUGGGAAAGCGUCCCGCCCAUGAGAGGAGACCGAAUCACUUACGUGCUCCAGGUGCUGGGUGGGAGAGAGUCCGAGUACAGACAGGUGUAUAAGGGCGAGGACACGGUCUUCCAGCUGUUCGGCCUGCAGUGGAACACAGACUACCGUCUGCGCGUGUUUGUGUGCAGACGCUGUGCAGACACCUCGCAGGAGCUGUGUGGAUCCUUCAGCCCGUCCUCUCACUUCUGUCCUCGCCGCGCCGUCUCGCCUCUCAGCGCGGACACGGGACCCGUCGCCUCGUCUUCCGGGAAAAAGCUCACAGACGAACAGUUCGCCAGCAUCAUUGUGGUGGGCGUGGCCUCACUCUCCAUCUUCAUCGCUUACCUGCUCCAGCUUCUCAUAUGAGACGCCGAGACGUGAAAGCCGCAAGACUAAACCCCAGCAUUUCAGAAGAACCUUCUGUCGUUUUUAUACUCUCUCUUCCUGCUUGUUUUUUUGUCUGUCGCUUUUUACAUGUUAAAACUUUGUUUCUUUGUUGCACAGAUUUUUAAACUACAAACUUUACAUAAAGUGGUGAAUGAAAGUAUUUUUUAUAUGUCUUCCAAUUUAAAAAAAAAAAGGUUUUUCUACAUGAGCGUUUGUGCUAGGCCCCUAAACCGUUUCAUAUUAAGCGUUAAAAUGAUUUCAUAUUUUUAUACUUUUUACAAGGUGUUUGUGAUACAGCUUUAACACGUCAGCCAUGAUGGUAUGUCCUUUAUUCUUUUUGUUUUGUGCUAAAUCAGUUAGCUUCAACGUCAACACUAAAGCAGUAGUUUGAACGAUUACACUAGUAUUAAACGCAGUCGCCUUUUUAAACUGAAGCUUUUUUACUGUAAAGGGAGGAGGUAGAAGUGUGUGAAGUACAGGUACAAACCAGAGUCACGUCUCACAGUAACGUUCGCUCGAGGCCGUUGUAUUUAUUGUGCCCGUAAAUGAAUGCUCUUUAAUGACUAAUCACAGUUACUGAGACUCAGUCAGAAGUUUCUUCACAGCUCUGUCAGUGAUUUCUCUCUGAAUCUAAAAGGGAAAGCGGACUUCUUCUUUUUCAUUUUAUUUUAUUAUGAUUAUUAUUAUUAUUAUUAUUAUUAUUAUUAGGUCCUUAUCAACAAAAGCCGCCUCCUGUUGGCCAAAGACUUUCUUUUUUAUUCUCACUGGCGUCUUAACAGCAAACUGAAGUGUGGAAUGUACGAAGCUCAGGGACUGAAGUGCCCCGAUUUCUGUUCACCGAUCUCUGUUCAGUGAAAGCGCCCGUGUGAGAGAUUUCCUCCUCUGCACAAAAACAUUUUAAAAAAAGAAAAAAAAAGAAAUCACAUUUCACCCUUUUUGCUAUUUCAGAAUUUCCUCGUAGCGUUUAACGUCUUUAGCUGAGACUACGUUAAUGCAGUACAAGAAAAAUGUUUACUAGCUCAAGCAGACCUUAACCAAAGUUAGCGAGUGAGCUAGCUUGUUAGGUUUAUUUAUACUAUAUAUUGCAUACAGUACUUUAUAAUGCAAAUCACAGUGCAAUCUUUCGUUUAUUUAUUUCUUUAAAAAAAAUCAAAUGAACUGUCAUAUUCAAUAUUUUCCUCAUGUAGCAUGUCUUUUUUGGUUAUGAUGAAUUUUUUUUUCAAAUAUAGAGCAAUAAUCUUUAAUAUUAACCUGUUUUUUUUCCCUCAGAUAUAUGUGUAUUGUUCAGUCAUACGCUGUUUUUACUCGAGUUUGUGUCUGAUUUCAUUCAACAAACGCUGAUUUACUACAGUCUAGCAGUUUAUUCCUCCUGCGAUCG